GUCCAUAUCCACCUUAAUGAGCAAGAGGUAAACCAGCUCAACUGACUUGCAAUCAGUACAACUUUWCGCAAAAGCAAAUAAUGUUCCAGACAAGACAAAUUGCUCUGAUGUUGCUUUCCACUCCAGGCAUACGAGUAGAUCACAGAGCAUUCAAUCGAGCAAAAAAUGGCGGAUGACAAGGAUCCUUUCAAACAGAUGAAGGAUCUCAACCAGCUCAAGAAUCAGCUGGAAGAGAUCCAGAAACGUGUGGAGAGUGAAUUUGUAGAAGGAAUCCCGCAGGGGGGCUCUGUGCUGGCAUCUCCCUUCCUGAAGGGCUUCCUGGCUGGCUAUAUGGUGGCCAAGCUCCGCUCCUCAGCUGUUAUAGGAGUGCUACUGGGAACAUUCACAGGCAUCUACGCUGCUCAGAACUAUCAGGUUCCCAACAUCGAAAGCACUCUGAAAGACUAUAUGAGUUUGUUUAGAAAAGGACCCAAGUAAUGGGAAGAACCAGGCCUAGGCUUCAUCUUCUAACUGCCUGAGGUUUGGGGCACAACCACCAUGUCUCUUUUUCAGAGGCUCAAACCUCUCCUUUGUAUACUGUAAAAAAAAAAAAAAAAUGUUUUUAACUGGAUUUUGGUCUGAAAGAGUGGGUUUGCUUUGGAUUUUGUGCAAAUGUUAAAGGGUGAAUCUGUCAGUGCCCUGGGAAAAUAUCUGUUAUUCUCUCUGUUGAUCAGAUUAUAAAGUGUGUAAAAGGGGAUAAGGUUAUGUGCCUUGAGUGUAAGGUUACAUUGCAGGGGUGUUUGACUGCUUGCCUUAGUAACAUUGCCUGGUGCAGCCAUCUAGGCCUAAUUGAUUUUGAAUCAAUGAUGUGAACAACAAGACAGGGUCCCUUUUUUGUUUUCUGAGCAGAAAUACCUUUUUACCAGCUUAAAAUACAAACAUACCUUGACUAUCAUGUUAUUGUUGAAUAGAUUUUGCCAAAGUUAUGGGAUUUGUUGCUAAUUUAGAUGUUAAGACUUAAGGUGAGGGUAUUUGUAUAUUCAGACAUAUGCUAGUAAUUCAGGGGUGUUAGUGACAUGCAGUAUUGAGAAUGAGUGUGAUCCAGAACAUGGGGUCUGGGUCCCUGUUGCAGCAGGUGGUGGAUGAAGGGGAGUCGUCCUGGCCACUCUGCGCCUGACUGGGUACCUGUCUGCCCUGCACGCCUCCCUGUCGCUAGGCUGAGGACCAGGCGAGUCCCAGCCUUCACAUCACAGCCUGAGGCCGUGUGCUGGUCUACUAUUUCAUCUCAGGGCUAGUAGCCAUCUACACAGAGCGGUUGCUGAAGAGCCAGCGACUACCCCUGUACCUGCAUGUGUUUGGAGUGGCCAUCAACAGGGUUUUCCACCUCUCCAGCAUGGGGGGAGARCAGGGUUUCCUGGAGGAUUACUCGGGGGUGGUGUGGGCCAUUGUGGCAGGGCAGGCAGCUAAUGUCAGUACUGCUGAACUAUGGUAGUGGCAUCCCCAGGCUAUUUGUCAUCUCCUGCUCUAUGCUGGCCAACACCCUCCUAUCCUGGGUUCUACUGGGCCUGCAGUUCACCCCCUUCUUUCUGUUACCCACUUCUAUGAUCAGCCUGGCAGCCUAGCUGUACUACAGGUAGCAGGACUCUGCCUGAACAUACCUGUGUUAUGGACAGUGGACCUCUUAACUCGCAUUCCACUGCUCCACCACAAUCUCUGGCAGMAUUAUUUACCAGAUGAUACAUUGACAUUCAGGUUGGAAUGUUUUUUAUGAUGCAUUUAUUUAUAUAUAUAAUUUUACUUUAGUGACUCAUAGUAUUUGUCAUUUAAUGUCCCAGAUGGUUUAUUUAUUUAAUUAUUUGAAGAUUAAAAUUAUGCAAUAGAAGCUGCACUUUAGGUGAGUCUUGCAGACCCUUCCAUCACAUUGUCACUGGUUUAUUUGCUACCCAUAAUGCACACUGCYUACUUUUCACUAGCCUUUGUUUUCUAGUUUAAUCGAAUUCUGCAAUAUUCAUACUUGUCUUUUUUUCAAUAUAUCAUUGGUGGACUAAUAUAAAUAGUUGGGUUUGGGUAAUACGUCUACAUUACACAACACUUGAGUGGUGCUAUGAUUGUCAGUAUGGUCAUUUUAUUAGCAUUUAUAAUUUACACUGCCAAGUAAAAUGGUGCAGAAAGUGUUUCUGAAAUAUUUUAUUUCUUUGGUGUUUUCUAUUCAAAAUAAAAUGCCAUAAAUUCACAUAU